AACACUUAUCGGACUCCAGAAAGCCAGUGAGCAGAUCUGUUUCUGGACAGCCUCGGGGUUAAACUGCCCACACCCUGCAGUGAGAGGCUCAGGAGCUGUGUUCUGAGGAGCAGUAAUGGAUAUUUUAGCUUUAGAAGCCAAAGGGGGCAAGGUGGAGGCACCUCCACCGCCUGUCUCCACCAAACCCAGACCCAAACCGCCCAAAAAACCUAAACGAAUCGUCUACUUCGAGGUGGAGAUCCUGGAUGCCAGGACCAAGGAGAAGCUGCUCUUGUUGGAUAAGGUAGAACCGUCUGCCACUAUUUUGGACAUAAAAUCCAUGUUCCACAGAUCGAAUCAGCGCUGGUAUCCCGCCAGACAGUCGCUGUGCCUGGAGCCCAAGGGCAGGCCUUUGAAGGAUGAGGAAGUCCUGCAACAGCUACCUGUGGGAACCACGGCAACCUUCUACUUCAGGGACCUGGGGGCCCAAAUCAGCUGGGGAACAGUGUUCCUGGUAGAAUGCAUCGGGCCACUUCUCAUCUACCUGAUGUUCUAUUUCCGUCUGCCUUUCAUCUACAGUCCCAAGUACGAAUUCACGACCAGCAAACACUGGGUCGUGCACAUAGCUUGCCUGUGUCACUCCUUCCAUUACGUGAAGAGGAUCCUGGAAACUCUUUUCGUCCACCGCUUCUCCCAUGCUACCAUGCCGCUCCGCAAUAUUUUCAAGAACUGUUUGUAUUAUUGGUGCUUUGCGGCGUGGAUGGCCUAUUACAUAAAUCAUCCUCUCUACACCCCACCAUACUACGGGGAGCAGCAGGUGAAAAGCGCGCUGGUGGUGUUUCUGUUUUGCCAGCUGGGGAAUUUCUCGAUCCACGUCACUUUACGCAAUCUCAGACCACCCGGCGCCAAGACGAAGAAGAUUCCGUACCCGACUAAGAAUCCGUUCACGUGGAUCUUUGCAGUCGUUUCAUGCCCAAAUUACACAUAUGAGGUGGGCUCGUGGCUGGGGUUCACCGUGAUGACGCAGUGCAUCCCUGUGGCCGCAUUCACUGCCGUUGGCUUCGUGCAGAUGACCGUGUGGGCCAGAGGCAAGCACCGCACCUACCUGAAGGAGUUUAAGGAGUACCCAUCUCUACGCUCACCCAUCCUGCCCUUUGUCCUGUAGCCUGGCAUGCACGCACACCCACACGCGAGUACUGUAUCUCAAAGUAAGGCUUGAAUUCAGAGCAUGUCCCCUGAACACUGAUAUUUAUGAGCAUAACGAGCAAAUGAAUCCUGAUGUUUCUAAUCUGAAAAAAUGUAGCGCAUGCAACCCCUGCUGUUACCAUUCAUGGACUGCAAAGGCAUCGGUGGAGACACUGAAAUACCAUCCAGAUAAUUAGUUAGAAAACAAUUAAUCUGGGGUCUGUUAUGACAGACCUUAUGGUCCUUAUGAACCCUGACAAAACAUUGCUCAAAUGGUUGAACAGGAAUCUACACUCACUACUUACACGGAAAGGCAAACUAAAAUAGGUUGACCGGAUAUCUAUUUAAAAAAAACAAAAACAAAAAAACACUGCCUGUAGAGGUAAGCUACAACUAAACCAGUACACCCUCACAUCUUUAAAUGUUACAUCAGAAUAUAUAUUUUUAUACAAUUAAAAACAAAAACCAUCAACACGUGUAAUUGGAAUAGUGGCUUCUAAUGCUCUCUGAAGAACAAUAAAGGCACCAGUGCUGAUGUUAACCUGGAGUGUGCCAGUAACACUCUGAGUUAUGUGAUUAAACAGACACAUUA